UUUCCAUUUUCCACCUUCCACUGACCCCUAUUGAUGUUGCCUCCGGAAGGACCAAAGGGAUGAUGAUGCACUGCUUCCUUUCCAUUCACCACCGAAGAACAAAAAUAUCUGCGUUUCUACAUGUAGACGAGACUCGAAUUAUGUCCAGAAAAGAAAUGUCACUAUCGAUUUGAUUAGGCCAUGUGGGAAGACAGCUACGCGAUCCAUUCGAAUAUGGAAGCAAUAAUGACUACUAAUAGUAGGUAGAGAUAAUAAUCCCAUGCAAGCCCCAGCCUGCCAGGGAAAGGGCUAUAGUUCGCCGGCCCUGGUAAUAAUUGGUUCUUGCUGGGGUAGGAUUUUCUCCGAUAUGCUGCCCUACUUGGCCCAGCCAGGUAUGCCGCUGUCAGGUCAACCUACCCUGUCUUCCUGCAUGCCGAGAGAAUUGAAACAGACACAAUGAAAAGCAAAAGCAACAUGGAAGGCUGGGAAUUGGGAAGAAUAGCCCGAUGGAGAACCAGGGUCGAGUGCAGGUUCGUGCAUCUCACGUUGCCCCAAGGGAAAGGAGUAAAAUGAAGCCGAGAGAGAGGGGGAACCCAUAUCUGGAAGUCAAAUGCCUACCCUACCGUAUAAGAAAUCCAUCGAAAACAGAUAAUAGGUCGUCGCUAGAUACAAUAAUUUUUUUGCCCCAGCUGGCAACAGGAACACCUGAACGAGUGUCCAGGAGGAGGGAUCGGGGGAGGGGGGAGCCAGAGCACCCCCGAGCCGCCCGGAUCUCAGGCCAGAUGACGAGGGGAGAUCGACGAGGGCCACCAGGCCGUCCUUUGAUUUGUUCCUGCCGGGUUUGGCGGUCGGUCACCGGCAGCAGGCAGUGUUGGGAGGGGGGAGUCGACAUAAUAAUGCCUGUCUUUUUACUUCUUGGUUCUUACUCUAGUUCUUACAGGUACUCCGUACCCCAUACUCCAUACAGAUCGUGGGAUACCGAUGGAUACCGAUGGAUACCGAUACCAUACAGGCAGGCGCGCUUGCCCGGAAGAAGAAAUAAAAGUGGAAUUGAGAGAAAGAAAGAGAGGAAGAGAGAGAAAGAGACUGGAAGGGAAAAGAAAGGAACCCAGAAAAAAAGGAGGAACAAAUCACUCACCUCCUUUUCCGCGCCUUCCCUUUGUUGUUGUUGUUGUUGUUGUUGUUCCGUCUCAUUGUGGACUAGCCGGGAUCCUUUUCCCAGCUUCAGUCACGACUCACUAGUUACUCACUUAGUACAACGCAACUGUCCCUGACCGAACCGAACCGAGCCUCUCUCUCUUUGCGUUUUUGCCCCCUCAGUCAGUCUGCUCCAGUUAGUAGCAGCAUUAUUGUCUCUGUUGCCUCCCGUCUGCUCGGCCGAGUCAGAACUCAGGCCUCCUCUAGGCUCUCGCCCCCCACGUCAGAGGUCCCUGACCCUUUUUCAUGGCUGCGGAUGACGGCACUGGAGCGACGUCAAAAGGAAGAUGCAACUAAUGCGACGAUCAUCCCACCAAUGCGU